CAAGGUUGCACUUGCAGUAAUCGCAGUAGGACGCGACUGGAGCUCCGUGUGCGCGCAGACAGAGCGGCAGACUAAUCAGCUUGAGACUGUGCUGCUGCUGUAACUUCUCUCCUGUUUGUUUUUGCACGCCACUGAGGAAUCUCCCACCUCAACAGAAGCAGCCAUGGAUGAAAUGGAGGAAGAGUUAAAAUGCCCUGUUUGCGGCUCUUUUUUCAGGGAGCCCAUCAUUCUGCCCUGCUCCCACAACAUUUGCCUGGCGUGUGCUCGGAAUAUCCUUGUGCAGACCCCCGACGCUGAGUCCCCACAGAGCAGCCGAGCCUCCGGAUCCGGGGUCUCCGACUAUGAUUAUCUGGAUUUGGAUAAAAUGAGUUUGUACAGCGAGGCGGACAGUGGAUACGGUUCCUACGGGGGGUUCGUCAGCGCUCCCACCACCCCUUGCCAAAAAUCCCCAAACGGUGUGCGGGUUUUCCCCCCGACUGUCCCCCAGCCCGCUCCGCAGCAGCACCUGCUCCCGCAGCCCGGCUCCUUACCCCCGAUCCCCCGCAACUCCUGCAUCACAUGCCCGCAGUGUCACCGCAGCCUCAUCCUGGACGACCGGGGGCUCCGCGGAUUCCCCAAGAACCGGGUGCUGGAGGGGGUUGUGGACAGGUAUCAGCAGAGCAAAGCGGCCGCCCUCAAGUGCCAGCUGUGCGAGAAGAGUCCGAAGGAGGCCACCGUCAUGUGCGAGCAGUGCGAUGUCUUCUACUGCGACCCGUGCCGCCUCCGGUGCCAUCCUCCCCGCGGUCCCCUCGCCAAGCAUCGCCUGGUGCCGCCAGCGCAGGGGCGGAUAAGUCGCCGCACGAGUCCACGCAAAAUCUCCACUUGCACAGAGCACGAACUGGAGAAUCUAAGCAUGUACUGUGUACAGUGUAAGAUGCCUGUGUGCUAUCAGUGUUUAGAAGAAGGCAAGCACGGCACACACGAAGUCAAAGCUCUGGGCGCAAUGUGGAAACUGCACAAGGGUCAGCUGUCUCAGGCUCUCAACGACCUGUCAGACCGAGCCACUGAGGCCAAAGAGUUCCUGGUUCAGCUGAGAAACAUGGUGCAGCACAUCCAGCCGUUGUCUGUCGUGUUGCAGGAGAACGGAGUAGAGUUCGAGGCCUGUUUGGUGGCGCAGUGCGACGCUCUCAUCGACGCCUUGAACCGACGCAAGGCCCAGCUGCUGGCUCGAGUCAACAAAGAGCACGAGCACAAACUGAAGGUGGUUCGGGACCAGAUCUCCCACUGUACAGUGAAGCUGCGUCAGACCACGGGGCUGAUGGAGUACUGUCUGGAGGUCAUCAAAGAGAACGACCCCAGUGGUUUCCUGCAGAUCUCCGAUGCUUUGAUCCGGAGGGUCCACAUGACGGAGGGUCAGUGGGGGAAGGGAACCCUCACCCCCAGGAUGACCAGCGACUUCGACCUCACUCUGGACAGCGGGCCGCUCCUGCAGACCAUCCACCAGCUGGACUUUGUCCAGAUGAAAGUCCCAGCUGCUCCCAUGCUCCAGCUGGAGGAAUGCUGCACUCAGAACAACAGCGCCACGUUGUCAUGGAAACAGCCACCGCUCUCCACCAUCGCCGUGGACGGAUACAUCCUGGAGCUGGACGAUGGGAACAUGGGGCCGUUCAGGGAAGUGUACGUGGGGACGGAGACCAUCUGCACCGUGGACGGGCUCCACUUCAACAGCACGUACAAGUCAAGAGUGAAGGCCUUUAACGCCAGCGGAGUGGGCCAGUACAGCAAGACGCUGAUCAUGCAGACCUCUGAGACUGGACUCCCUCCAUGUGACAUUCAGUCUAUAGGCUCAGUCGCUUGGUUCACCUUCGACGCGGCUUCCGCUCACCCGGACAUCGUCCUCUCCAACGACAACCUGACGGUGUCGUGCAUCAGCUACGACGACCGGGUGGUGCUGGGGAACUCCGCCUUCUCCCGCGGCGUUCAUUACUGGGAAAUAACCGUCGAUCGGUACGACAACCACCCGGACCCGGCCUUCGGGAUCGCCCGGGGCGACGUGCUGAAGGACGUGAUGCUGGGGAAGGACGACAAGGCGUGGGCCAUGUACGUGGACAACAACCGCUCCUGGUUCAUGCACAACAACUCGCACACCAACAGGACGGACGGCGGCAUUGGUAAAGGAGCAACAAUAGGAAUUCUUCUGGACUUCACUCGCGGGAUCGUCAUCUUCCUCAUCAAUGAUGAGCAGCAGGGUCCGGUGGCUUUCGAAGCCUUGGAGGGCGCCUUUUACCCCGCUAUCAGCCUCAACCGAAACGUCCAGAUCACACUGCACACUGGUCUACCCAUUCCUGAUUUCUACACCCCCGGGGAGGCAGAUCCCAACGGCUCUGUGUGUUGAAGACUCCCACACCGACUGGGGAGAAACCUCUCCAGGAUUCCCCAGGGUUCACCCUGCCAGUCAAUAACUAUGAUCCCACCCUCGCCCUCCCCACCUCCUCUUGUCCCCCUGACCGACUGACCCCAUGACUCUCUGUUAGAGGCCCCAUCCAGCGCUGAGCCAUGCCUUUAUCAUGCCUAAACCUUGGACACUCGGACCAUCUGCAGGACAAAAAUAACAGACUGUGCUUUUCAAUCCGUACCCUGUAUUCUGACAUGUUGCAGACAGCUGGAGAAGGAGAACUCCUGUUGAAAAAUAAUCUCAAGAUGAUGGACUUGGAAUUAUGCGCAGUGAUCAUAAUAUCUGGUGAAAGGAGUCGUCUGAUAUUUUGGAAAAUACAAUGUAUUUAUUUGCUUUUUUGUUGGAGUCAUAUUGGAAUAGUGACACCAUUCUCAAGUCUAGCAAUCAGUUAUCUUAGCUUAGCAUAAAGAUUAAAUCAUUAUAUCUUAUUUGUUUAAUCCAUACAAAAACAGACAUGUAGAAACGUAAGAGGCACAAAAAAAGCCACAUAACCAUUAAACCAUUAAACCAGAAUACAAUGUUUUUAAAUUCAGAUUUUUGCAUCAAUUAAACAAACAAGAUAUAAAAUAUUAGUUGCUGAGCUUUUGAGUAGCUGGUAGGGAUCUAUUGUGAACUUUGGACGCUAGGCUAGAUGUUUCUAGUCAUUAAGCUAAGCUAAGCUAACUGCCUGCUGGCUGUAGCUUCAUAUUUAGCCAUAAAAGUGGAAUCUGUCCUCUUUUGUGCCUCUCACCAAGCAAAUUAGCACAUUUCCUGAAAUAUUAAACGAUUCAUUUAACGGUAGGGGGUUGUUUUGUAGAUGGGUUGACUUAGAAAAAGUAGCUCCUAUCAUGCCAUCAACAUACAGUUCAGUUUAUCCAUAAACUGUAUGAAAGAAUUGGACGUAGCCACCAUGACGUCACCCAUUGGUUUGUGGAUUACUGAUUUGAAGUGGGUUAGCCAUUUUGGCUGUCACCAUCUUGUUUUUAUGAGCCAAAAGUGACCAUAUUUGGAUGAGAGGAUGGAGCUAGGGAGGAGGAUGCUAAGUCGCCAGCGCUAAGUUACUAGCUAGCUUGGUUAGCAAGGUGCAUCCCUUAUUCAAAAUCCGACUCCUUAAGGUGUCUUUUAGUACACCUGAACACUGAACAAGACAUUUCUAGGCGACUAAAAUGUUACAAACUAAAUUUGAUGAAAAUGCACAAUGCACUGUAAUAACCACUUGCCACAAGUUCGCCCCGACUUAAAGCAUACGCUGCUUUUUUGUCUAUUUUACUCUUAAUGGGACCAUCAUCUCCAAACUGAACAUCAUGCUGUAUUGAAGAAUACUUGAAACAAACAAUGGAAACCAUAAACUCAUUAGGAAGAUGUUUACUGAAGUAAUAAAUCAAGUUUGAAGUUGGGUCAUUUUCUCAUAGACUUCUUUACAAGUCUAGACUUCUUUUUGCAGCCAGUGGAGUCGCCCCCCACUGGCCAUUAGAAAGAAUCGCAGGUUAAAGGCACUUCAUUAUUGGCAUCACGUUUCAAACCUGGAGGUUCUACAUUAACAAACACAAUAUCUUGUAUAUUUCUUUUCCUGCCAUCAGUCAUGAACGUAUUUACAUGUUUAAAACAGCAGGGGGAGCAUGAGAGCUCGUCUUCAGUGUGUGUGUGUGUGUGUGUGUGUGUGUGUGUGUGUGCGCGUGUGUGUGAAUGUGAGUGAGGUGGGGGUUGGUGGUCGAGGCUGGCCACAGUGAUCCCUAGACGAGAGCAAUAGUCCGACUCUCAGUAUCCUCAUCUGUGUACAUGAGACGCUUUUCUUAGUGGCUUAGCUCGUGUGAUCCGUCUGUAUCGUUUGUAAAAAAUUAAAAUUAAAAUACAGCAUCUGCAUACACAGUGCUACUGGAAGCGAGGCCUUCAUGCAGCCUUCUUUGCAGUGCAGCUCUAAAAACAGGAGGGACGGAUUUUGGUGUAAUGUUUAUAAAAGCGGGCGAUUCUGUGCAUUGAAAUUUGUUGAAAAUGGGUUAAAAUGAUGACUGUGAAGCUCUUUGAAUAAGGUGCUACAGCAGCUCGCUUCAUUCUGGCUUCUUUCUUUUCUUUUUUUUUACUGUAGGUGACUGAAUCCUGGUAGUUUUGUAAUAUUGUUAUUGAAAUGAUCUAUUGCAAAGAGAUGUAUAGCUAAAUAAUUUAUUGAUGUUCAGAGUUUUUCAAUGAUCAUUGUUCCUUUAUUUGAUGUAUAGUUAUUACAGAAGGAAAGAAACUGAAUCUUUUUGUCGCUUUAACCAGUUUAUGUCCUACUAAAGCAACAGGAAAGGUGACGAUGUGCUGGGACGAGUCGUAUUUUGGGCAACAGCCUCUUUAUCUGACAAAAACAAUUUGAUGCAAUGUUUCUGAUGUUCAAUGGUGGAAGAAGUAUUCAGAAACCUCAAGUAUAAGUACUAAAACCACACUGCAGAAUUACUCCACUACAAGAAAAAAAAUCCUGCUUUCAAACCUUUCUUAAAGAAAAGUAUAGAAGUAUCAGUGUCAAAACUAAAAGUAUUUAUUAUGCAGAAUGGCCCAGUUCAGAUUGUUAUAUAUAUAUUACGAAUAUAUUAUUGGAUUAUUAUUCUUGAUGCAUUUAUGUAAGCAUUGUUUACUGUUACUGGCUAAUUUUGACUCCUUCAUAUACUGUUAUGUAGUUUAAUUUAUACAAACGCUAAAUCUUUUUCCAGCUCUACCUGAAAGUAACUGGUAACUGAAGCUGGCAGCUAAAUGUAGUGGAGUAAAAAGUACAGUAUUUACCUCUAAAAUGUAGAAAAGUAGAAGUAUAACUCGACAUAAAUGGAAAUACUCAAGUUAAAUACCUCAAAAUGAUGCUUAAGUACAGGACUUGGUUACAUUCCACCACUAAGCACAAUGUUCAGCUAAGGCUGAUAGGAAUGUCAUUAGUUACAUAAUCACUAAAGUUUUAACAGUUCAUCAUGAAGGAACCAUGAAUGUGUACACCAAAUUUUGCCGUAAUCCAACCAACAAUGGUUGAAACAUUUCACUCAAAACUGAAAUGUAAACGGCAUGGUGUCGAUAGAGGGAAAAAGUCAGAGGAUUGUUAAAAUCAUGCAGAAUCAUCCUCUGGGGAACAUGAAUGUCUGUAAAUGUGUGCCAAUGAAACUGGUAGAUAUCAAGAUAUUUCACAGGAUAAAAGAAAAAUCUUGGCGCUGAAGUAAUGAUGCUCAAGGCAGCGUACAGAAUCACAGGGAUCUGUUUAUUUAAAAUAUCAUGACCUGAACUGCUCACUCUGUGAGUCCCUGCACGUUUGCAGGAAGUGGUUCAGUUUAGUUUGUUCACCCAAAAGAUUUCUUAUUUUGAACAAAUUGUUCACGAUUGUACACUAUUUGUAGUAUUAAGCAACUUUACAGUGGUUAACCAAAGCUUUCUUUUAAGAAAAGACAUCUAAGAAUUUAUUUAUUUAACAGGAUUGAAUGUUGAGAUUGUCUUCUCAAUACAAUAUGAUCAAAAAUACAGAAGACAGAGUGUUUUUCGUCUUCUUCCGUAACCUUUAGGAGACUCUAAUUAAGCUACUUCCCUUUGAUUACAGGUGCAUCUCAAUAAAUUAGAAAAUCACAGAAAAGUUUAUUUAUGUCAGUAAUUCAAUUCAAAAAGUGGAAAUAACACAUCAUAUAGAUCCAUUACACACAAUGAAACAUUUCAUAUCUUAAUUUAUUUGAUUUCUUCUAAUUAUAAUGAUUAUGGCUUACAUUUAAUGACAUAAAAUUCAGUGUCUCAAUUCUUUUUGACAAAAGACCAAUUUUAAAAAGUAUGUUUAUUAUGUAAAUGUUGGCCUCUGAAAAGUAUGUCCAUCUAUAUGCACUCAAUACUUGACCUGAACUACUGGAAAUGGACUUUUCCAUGUUAUUCUAAUGUAUUGAGAGGCACCUGUAUGUGACUUGAACAAAUUGUUCACGAAUGCACACUACACUUGAGAAAAAGUCAGUAGGAUUCAUCCUCUGGGCACCAUGAAUGUCUGUAUAAAUUUAAUUAGGGAUCCAUCAAAUAUCUGUUGAGAUAUUUCAGUGUCAUGCCACAAGUGUGACUAAAGAAAUGAACUAAACUCAAACUGUUUUGAGGUCAGUUUGAGGCGGCUGUUGCCCUCUGCAGCGUCUCCCAGUGCAUCGUCACCCUGAGACAUCCCGUACAUGUCGAGCAUACACAUAAGGUGCUAUCCUGUGUUUGAGCUUCAUGGGUGUGCCUUUUCCUCCUCUCUUCAAUACCCACAAGAGUUCUGAGACUUUGCUACAAACUAAUUCAUUGCUUCAGCAGAGUCGACUGUAACAUCUGUGAUGCCUGACUCCACCUGCUGCUACGUAUUUUUUCUAUCGGCAAAAAGGGCAACAAUAACCAUGUUUGUUAUGGAUAUAAUAACCACAGUAUAUAUUACAGGUCAGGUGUCUUUUCUUAACUUUAUAAAUCUUUUCUUUCUCCCCCCCUGGAUUAUUAUUGAUUGUAAAUCAUCUGGGACUGGCUGCUAAAAUCAAAAUAUGUAAUUUUCAGUAUAUGUGCAUGUGUGCUGACGAUAAUAAACCAGCGUUCAGCAGGUUGCACGGCCUUCGCUGCAAGGCUGGGUUCAAGCUUUGAUUUAUGCAACAUUUAAUUGGCGGUGAGCCUUUUGUCCGGCCGUAAUUAUAAUAAUAAUACAGUACAAAAGUGGCCCGUUCAGCAAGGGUCAGACACAAGUGCAGCCAUUAUCACAGCAUUACACAACCACAGAUUCCAGGACAAAUAUGGCUUUAAUUCAACAAAACAGUUCAUUAAAGGGAUUUUGUCCAGUGGGAGAUGACACACACUGCUUUCAACACAAAUUAUCUUCUCAUGGAACAUUUUCUCUGUGAAUAACUUUGACAGAAUAACAUAAAUGUGUGUUUCUGUGCUGAACAUAUGAGGGUGCUGAUGUUAAAAGGAAGUGUGUGAUUGUAACAUUUAUUAUUUCUAAACCAGCCAAAAACACUUAAAUGAUAUUAAACGUAGACCCGGGGAUGAUUUAAAGUCUAUCAUACAGCCUCGUCAAGCUUUUAUGAAUUAUUGAAAACACAGUCGCUGGGCGACACUGGGUGUUAUAUAUCCAAAUGUACAUACAUAUGUGUGUGUGUGUGUGUGCGAGUGUGUGUGAGUGUGUGUUUCCAGCAUUAUAACCUAAUUUUAACUCCAAAGUGAUUUUAUUCUUAUUUUUGCCCUGUUUGAUCGAAGAGGAACUCAAUAUUAUUAUUUACAGUGAUUCUGAAAUAUGUCUAUGGAGAAUUUUACGAAUAUAAAAUGAACAUUGUUAUUACUAUGAUUUUAACACAGUAUGAUUAUUAUGAUUGUUAUGAUUAUAUGUCAUCAUUACCAUAUUACUGCUAUUAUUAUUAUGAUGAUCUGAAGUGUAAUAUGAGCCUCUGUGUUUCUUUUGUAUAUGUGAAUAUUCAAUAAAUAGGUGUCAACAAGG